UUUUCGAGUUCUGUUUCAAACUGCUCAAUAUACGAGCAUGAUGCUCCUGGUAGCUUUUUAGUUCGUAGGCUAUGAUCGCCAGUAUGUUUCAUGAUUUAUUCAGAAAAUUAUUGUUUUUUUCGGUAUAAUAGUAAUCUGAAACUGAUUGUGAUCUACUCAAAAGGCUAUUUUGAAGAUUUUACACAGCAGUAUAGAAGUAAUCUAAAUCUUGUCAUGUAAAAAAAAUCCAAUUGCAACUCCAACUGCCCCGCACUCCACCGACGAUAAAAUCAAAUCAUGUCGAACCUCUUCAAAAAAGCUGCCAGCAUCGAUGGUGCGACCAAGGAGAAGAUUUACGGGGGCAAGGAAACGAAACAAAUCGCUGAUUUCCUGAAGCAGCACUACCCGGCUGAUACAGCCUCCAUCAAAAACAAGAAAACGCAACUGAUUUUAAAAACGCAGAACAUUGCGGCACCGGAUCAGCUUCCAGGCAGCUCGAAUUUCGGGUUUUUGACAACAUGUAACGACCAGAACGAACAGGAGUACUUGUACAUCGUGCCACUGGACGCGAAAGGCGUCAAUGUCGAGUUGAAUUACAAACCGAAACUGGGUUUUAACAACUUUUUCUUUCCUACGCUUUUCACACUGUGGAGACACGUGGAAUCGCCAGCGCAUGCUGAAUGGAGAAAAUUCAGUACUGCGAAUCUUCGCGCGCCACCGGUGGGCGCUGAUCAAUUGCAAGUACCCGCAGACGCAUUUCUUCCUACCAUAUUCAUUCUAGACGAUGUGUCGCAUUUUAUCCUCAAGGGUUCGGACGUCUUCGCCCCAGGCCUGUGCGUGAACAAGCCGCAGCUGUGUUUCUACCCGGAGACAACUUUUGAAAACCAGAAACAACUCCUGUCAGCCGGGGCGGUCAAAAAAGGCAGCUUGGUGGAGAUUAAAGUCGAGGGUAACCCGUUCGCAAUUGCAGUUGGGGUCUGGCAGCUGGAAGUUUUAAAGAAAGGCAUUUCUUCUCCGGGAGCAGGUGCAGCCGGGAACAACACUCACUUGGAUUUCGAUGCCUUGAAGGCGGGGACUGCAGUCAAGAUCCUGCACCGGUUUGGCGACUGUUUGUGGCAAAAAUUUCCGAAGAAUUGGCUCUCCCCGCCCGGAUUUUCGAACGAUCGAGUAGAUGCGAUUUUUAGCAAGGUGGCGGGACGAAAGACUGAUGGCGAGGAUGGAGUGGACGAUCAAAAAGUCGAUAGUGCUCCUAGUAAGGAGAACGCACGAACAUCUCCUGUUGUCUCUUCUCCGGGAAGAGCCGCAGGAAGCCAGCCUGAAGAAGACGAUGAUGAUGAAGACGGUAAAAACAAAGCGUCUACCGUAGGCGGACCGACCGAUCACGACGCGGACGGCGGCGCUGGAGAUCGACAGGUCGACAGCUGCAGUGACAGUGCCACUGAAGACCAACCACAACUGUCCAAGCGGGAGCAACGGCGGCUGGAAAUGCAGGCAAAGCAAUCAGGAACAACCCCGGGUAGCAAGAAAAACAAAUUGAAGACAGCAGCUGCUCCGCAGUUGCAAAACGACCAAGUCGUGCUAACUUCCGGCACGAGUAAGAGUGGUGCUUCACGCAGCAACUCCAACACGCCGAGGGGUGAAAAUAAAGCUGGGAACGAGAACAUAAACGACUAUGGCGGAGAAAAAGACAGUGAUGAAGCACCAGUUUCAGCACCAGAAAUGGAUCAGCUGCUGACCAAGUCCUUCCUUCAGGCCUUAAAACUUCAGCAGCCGCAGAUAGAAAAACAACUUCCCAUCGACCUGAACAUAUCAAAUGCAAAUGUGUCUGCGUCUGGAAGAAUGGAAUCUGUAAUGCUAGUUUUGGAAUCCAAAAAAAUCUGUAUUGCCUCAAUAGCAAGAGUAUUCCGCGUUUUUGCAGUGCGGAGAAAGCAUGUGUCAUGCUGGAUAGGCAUCAAGAGACAGUCAGAAAAUCUAUCUGUGAUGCUGGGGCAUGCAUCACAGACAUCAUGGGUCAUACAAAAGCAAAACGCGCAUGACACUUUCCAGACCCAGACGACAUAUUUGCAUUUGAUAGAACACCUUCUACGCCAACUUCCUCCGCCCAAACCGCCCGAACAACACAAGCGUUGACGUGAAAAAGAGCUCCGGGAAAAAACUCAAGCCUUUUUUUGAGAAAUUAGAUGCGGAGUACGAAAAUCUGAUCAGCUUUAACAAGGACAAGACGAAGGCUCUGAGUAUGGCAUUCUCAAUUGUUACAUUCUCAACUGUUACACGGAUUUGCCAUGCAAAGUUGCCACCAGCCUCCACUUGAUCAAGGUCCGUAGCAUGACAAAUUUUCGAAUGGCUAAACAGCAUGAUAAAAUGUGGCAAAUCUGUGAUGCGAAAGCUGCAAUAUUGCCACUUUUACUAUUGCUGUUCUUGCAUUGCAAAUCCAUGUAACUACAGUUGAGAAUGUAACGCUUGAGAACGCCAUACUGAAGUUCAACUUCAAGCACCCUGCGGUGAAGGAUCACGCGUUGCACGAAAAGCUUUCGUCGGACGAAGUGCCAGGUGGUGCUUUAUUCCCUGGAGCGUCGAACUCAUCGUCUUCUACCGCACCUACAAACCUGAGAAACCUGUCACCCGGCCAACUGUUUGCCAGUCUCGCCGUCACGAAUAGCAAACUCGGGGUGUGUCAAUUCAUUCAGUACGAAGAGGUGUUUCGUGUUCCGAGCAGUGUUGGCGAGUUCGUCAUUGCCGAAAUUGCAACCGCCUGCGGGCGGGAAGAAGAGGAUCUCAUUUUGAAAAACACGACUACCCCGAGCACCUCCAGCAACACAAGCCACUAUGUGAAGCAAAAGUCGGACUUCCAGCAAAUCUUGAAGCGUAUCAAAAGUAAAAAUGUCUGGGUCUGGAAACUUGUGAUGCUGGAUGGCGUCAUCUCAUGAUGAGGCUACAGAUGCUGGCUCAGCAUGAUAAGUUUCUGAGCUCCUAGGUGUUGCCUAUUUUGCAUGACAAACUGCGCUUCUGCAUCACAGAAAAGCGGAGCUCUUGGGUAACGUGCGUGACAGAUUUAAAGAGUCAUGUCAGAAAAGCAUGACAAACAUGAACUCUUCCAGACCCAGACAUUUUUACAUUUGAUAAAGCGGUUUUGCGAACAAAAGAACCUCUCCACGAGCAAGAAAAUGCUGAACCUGAGCACGGUGCCUAUCCUGUGCAAAAGUAUCGUACUCGUAAUAAUUGCAGAUAUGCAUGAGAAAUCUUUUUCCUAAGGUGAAACAGCAUAUACAAAUUCUACUUCUCUUCUUGCCAAAAUUUGUAAUGCAAUUUAUACUAGUGCGAUGCUUUUGCAGUGCAUAGUGCCACGAUUACGAGACUCCGUCUCCGGCUACAUGGCUGCGAGCAAUACUAAGAAGCAAAGCGGUGCGACAAGCAGCAACGUCGGUGGUGGGUCCACCUCGGGCAAUUAUCUUCAAUCAAACGCAGCUAAGCUUGUGGCGCAACAGGAUUUCGUCUUUGACGAGGAGGAUUUGGACGCAUUUCCGACACUCGAAGCAGGGGGCGAUCAGAAAGCCAUGAAAGGACGAGGGCCAGCCGCGCUUCCAGGGAAACAAAAAUUUGAGCCGCAGAAACGAGAAUCUACUAGCCCCCGAGGACAGCCGCCCGCGCCAGUUUAUCAACUGCAAAUGUGUCUGGGUCUGGAAGAUGCAAGCUCUGUCAUGCAGCUUUUGCAUGACCCAAAAGGUCUGGAAUGUCGCGUCUAGCAUCACAAGUUUCCAGAAUGCUUCGCAAUGCCGAAUCCGGAUGAGAAAUGCCACCUUCCGGAAACCAAAAGUAUAUGACUUUUCCUGGUCACGCAAUACAGAUUUUUGUGUCGACAAGAUUUAGCAUGACAAACUCGGACUCUUCCAGGCCGAGACCUAUUUGCGAUGCAUACGGAUGUCUCUUCACUGACGUUCGAAUCCUUCUCGCGAUUACUCUGGGAGAACUGCGUUUCCGGGGAGAAGCACCACCGCAUUGUGACGAUGCCGCUGAUAUGGAAUGAGAAAGAGUUUGGAAAGGAUUGCUCAUGGCAGAAUUUACUAGUUUUGAUGUCUCUUACACUGUACUGAAAAAUCAAGAGUCGUAGUGCACCCUUUUCGUCACGAGUAAGUAAUCAUAAGCUGAGUAGCGGUAGUCUUACAUGUGAGUUGCACAUCAAUACAAACUCGUGUGGAAGUAGUGCUACCUUGUUGAUGUAGCCUUUUCGAAAAAUCUUUUCAUUCCCAUAUCCAGUGCAAACCUCGGCGAGGGACCAACUUCAAAUCGCCUACAAAAACGGAAAGCUCCCGAAGAUUCAGGUCCGCACGGAGAAGCGGAUGAACCACAAUUGCACCCUCAUCCAGGGCCUGUCGAAGUAUUACCUAUCGGAUGCAAAAAAUAUGUUUGGGUCUAGAAGAAUCUGAGUUUGUUAUGCUUGCCUCAUCUGACUCUUAAGUUUGUAAUGCGCGCGCCAUAAGAAGCGAGCAAAGGGUUGAAUUUGUAAUGCGUACCAGGAAAAAAUAGUUAUGGCUGUCAUGCAAAAAUACAGUUUGUCAUGCGGAAAGGGAACAAACACACAGCCAGGAGCCCAGAAACUUGUCAUGCGUGGCUGCGUCAUCUUGAAGUGUGCCUCCUUUUCACACAAACUAGCAUGCUAGGUGCCAGAGCCAGACACAUUUGCAAUGCAUAUUACCUGGAUCUCGACAAGGUGCUGGCGCAUUUGAAACAGCACGUGCUGAAGUCCACGAGCGGGCAAGUGAUCAUGGCAAAAGACGCGCCGACGGUUCCCUUUGAGAUCCUCCUACAGGGUUUUUACGACGUGGAUUGCUACGAAUUUUUGACGCAAGACUUGAAAAUCCCGGAAUCAGCGGUCGAAAAUUUGGCGGAAUCGAGAAAGAAGGACAUGCGACAAAAGGUCGGUGCAGUGGCGGUGGGGCGGAAAAAUGUUGUGAAGAGUUGAGAACGUCGUGAUGGAAAAUCUCAUUACAAUUUUCUGAGCUACGCACCGCGGUCACAGACUUUCUCUGAAUUGCUCACAGCGAUCGUGACGACACAGCAGUCGGGUGGCUCUACGGUGAAAAUGCGAGAGCGAAUAAGUAUGUAUUGCUGUCGCUGCGAGACAAGAAGCACUCUGUAAUGAAAAUAUUAACGUGAGAGGACUAAAGUCAGCGGAAACUGGAUUCCAAUGAGUCUUAU